AUGACUUGGGUGGCUGGAGGAGUCAAAGGUUGUUGUCUAGUUAUACAGACGACAUGAUAGAGAAUCUGGGUCCUUGUGCUCUGGUGGUGUGCAGCACAAAUUUCUGAGCUGGCCUGUUCCUGCAAUAGAGAAGGUAGAGAAAACCAGAUUUUUAAAUCAGCCAACAUGAAGAGUAUCCUGAAGGGCAAACGAUUUGAGGCACCUGAAGCUGGUUUGAGUAACACUAUCGGAGCUGUACGCUGGGCUCUUCCUGAUGAAAGUCUUCAGGCUCACAGCUCCGUUCCUAGCCAGAGCAGUCAGACCCACAGACCAAAGAACGUGAACGAUCUCCGCAGCCUGCAGGAAUGUGUGAAGUUUAUCACUCAGUGGAAACAGCAGGUGGAACAUGUCUGCAAGCUUGGUGCCAAUGCAGAUAAAGACCUGAGUAUGCAUGCAGAGCCACGUAGUCUGGAGCAUUGCCAUAAGCUCAUCCUGGAGUGGGCACAUGAGUUCAAGAAAGUUGACAAUUUGUUUAGUGAGAGCACAUGGCGACAAGAAAGAGAUGCGAUCUGGGAGCAGAACGAGAACAAGGCUGAUUCUGCCAAGCACAUGGAGCAGAAGAUCAUGGAAUGGGCUAAAGAGCUACAAACUGUGUCAGAGUGCAGUGGUGUGAUGAGGCACGAAUUAGCCCAGUUUCUGAAGCAGCUGGAACUGAAGAAGAGGAAAAUAUUGACUCUAUUGCCUCUUCUGGAAUUCAUAACUUGGUCUCUACUGAAGCAGGACAGCCAGGGUAUUGUUCCUCAGCUAUGGCUCCUAAGCAAACAUCAUACCUGGAAAACAGAGACACCAAAGUACAUUCCAAACUCAGUUUGGAGAUGGAUCUGCAGUGCUUCAGUGGACAUCACACUGGACCCCAUGACUAACCACCCAUGGUUACAGCUCUCAGAUGACAAAAAGAAGGUACAGGAAGCUCUGAGUCAAACCGAAGUGUCAUUCAGUAACCAGCGCUUUGACAGCUGGCCGUGCGUUCUGGGCAGGGAAGGGCUUACUUCCGGUCGCUACUAUUGGGAAGUUGAUAUUGCCAACAAAGGCUACUGGCGCAUCGGAGUGACCACUUCCUCCUCCAAAAGGCAAGGCCGAUGUCCCAUGAAUCCCUGUGAGGGCUUCUGGACUAUAUGGAGAAGCACGCGGCAGUUUUAUGCAUGCACCAAGCCGGAGACUGAGCUACCUCUUACGCUUGUUCCCAGAAAGGUGGGAAUCUACCUGGAUUAUGAGGAAGGGCAGCUGUCUUUCUACAAUGCAGAGACACGCUCACAUAUCUUCACAUUUACUGCAAAUUUCAGGGAAACGUUGUAUCCACUUUUCGCACCACUGGAUGGACGUACGCUUAUUACACUGUCCUCCACAGUCAAUUCAGAAACAUCCUCUUUCGACGUCUCUAUAGGUCUACAGUCCUUGUAACAUGACAAAUGGCCUCAUAGGGCUAAUGAGGGCAGCAGGUGGGACAUGCAUACAAAUACAGCUGCCAGUCAUGGGGAUCAUCUGUCAUAUCAGGAUGAGAUCCCGUGAAGUUGUUUUGGUUGUUAUGGUGCGUUCACGUGCUAUGGUGAACUGGUAUUUACCAGUGUGUUGCGUUCAAGUGCUUUUG